GGCAACAGGGUCCUAUCCAAAUUCCAAGGUUUCUCCUUUUUUCACCAUUCGGCCACCCCACAUGCUUCUCUCCCUUUCUAUCUCUUGAAGUACUAAAUUAAUACGAGUGGUGUGACUGUGAGAAGUAUGAAGCCAAGCCUCAACUAAACUGAACUCAUAUUUGAGUUGUGUUGUGUUCUGAAUAUGCUAGUGUAGGAAGUGAGUGAAACUGAAAUGGUAAAACGGAGAAUAAUGGUAAUGGUAGUACAAGAUCAUGACAAUGGAUGGCCACCAAUUGGGGCCCCACUCAACCUUCAGAGAGAUGAUCAACGUUGGAGCAACUUUGAUACCUCUGUCAAUGCUGUCUCUUUUGGCUUUGUUGCCACUGCCAUUCUCAUUUCCAUGUUCUUAGUCAUGGCUAUCUUUGAGAGGUUCCUCAGACCCACUUCGCCACUACUCUCGCCGUCCGGUCGCCGGACCCGUCGCCGUCUCGACUGUGCCAAGCUCGCUCACCCCUCUCCCAAAAUGAGUUUAUAUGCCAGCUGGGUUUCAGUUUUGAUGCCUGGAGAUGAGAUUCCUACUUUCAUAGCCCACCCUGCCCCUGCACCAUGUUGCCCUGAACGCAUUUCAUGGCCUUCCCAUCAGCAACAUAACACAAUAAAUUGUUCCACUUCCAACACCCUGCCGAGUAUCAACCAAGUAUGACACAAUUCAAUAGGACAAGGUUUUGCAAUCUGCAUAUUGCAUCAAGGAGUUGAUAAAUUUUAUGUGAAAAGA